AUGAAAGUUAGCUCUAUGAUUCUCAUCACCUCUGCUCGAGCUUUUAAUGCUAUGAAUCGCCGGAUGUACUCUACUCGAUCGUCUUCCAAAUCCAUCUCCGCAGGGUCCCUAACUCUUCGUUCCAAUUCUAGUUCCAGUUCAGAAUCAGCUAAUAGAGAUUCUGGGCCUGAGCUUCAAGUAUCAUCAUCUCUAAGGAAGAAGAGGCUAAAACAGGAAGAUUUGGAGCCUGUGGAGAAAGAUUCAAGCAGAGAAAUUAAUGGCCCUAAAGAGAUGUGUGGAUUAUUACCAAAUAUAGAAGAUUUUUCAUCUAGGACGUCAAAACUAAUCUCUUAUGUAAAAUCAACAGAAGCUAGCACAUCCGUAUCGUCAAUCACAAAAUCAGGCAGACCACCUGAAAACUGGGGAAAGAUGCUCGAAGGUAUCCGAGAAAUGACAUCUUCAAAAGAAGCAACAGUUGACCCUUUAAAUUGUGAUAGAACCGGAAGCUUUUUACCUCCCAAGGAAAGGCGAUUUUAUGUCCUCAUAGGAACACUUCUUUCAAGUCAGACUAAAGAUCACAUAACUGGUGCGGCAGUAGAACGUCUUCGUCUAAAUGGCCUUCUCACUCCUGAGGCUAUUGAUAAAGCUGAUGAAACAACCAUAAAGGAAUUGAUUUACCCGGUCGGGUUCUAUACUAGAAAGGCUACAAAUGUAAAGAAAGUUGCGAAAAUCUGUCUCACGAAAUAUGACGGUGACAUUCCAAGGUCUUUGGAAGAGCUACUCUCACUUCCAGGAGUUGGUCCUAAGAUCGCUCAUCUGGUUUUGCAUGUAGCAUGGAAUGAUGUGCAAGGGAUAUGUGUAGACACACAUGUGCAUCGCAUUUGCAACCGGCUUGGUUGGGUAUCUAAACCAGGAACGAAACAGAAAACUUCCUCCCCUGAGGAAACCAGAGUAGCUCUGCAACAAUGGCUUCCAAAAGAAGAAUGGGUCGCUAUUAACUUUCUUUUGGUAGGUUUCGGACAAAAGAUAUGCACACCGCUAAGACCACGUUGCGGAGUGUGUAGUAUCAGUGAGCUUUGCCCUUCUGCCUUCAAGGAGACCCCAAUCAAAUCCUCCAAACUGAAAAAACCUAUCAAAAGCAAGAAACUUUAAUCCCUUUCUGUCUCUGGAUUCUUCUCCUUAAUCAUUUUAAACUACUUUGUGAUUAUUCCUCUGUAAAGAUAAAUUGUAUCAUUGACAUGUAAAUAGUGUAAGGGAUCAUCAGAUACUUAUAAAUAAGCUGAGAUGCUGAAGAUUGUGUAUUUAUAC